ACCAGCCCAGACCCGGACCGGGACCAGCCCUGACCCAGACCAGCCCUGACCAGGACCAGCCCUGACCAGGACCAGCUCAGGCUAUAAGAGAUGGCAAAGGAAUCAAAGGCAACAAAGCACAGUGUGGAGGCAGAUGGUGCGACUGACACUGAACAUAACAAAAAGAGAAAGAAGAAAGAUGAGGAGAAAGAAAAGAAAAUUGAAAUGGUCAGCCUACUGACUUUGUUUCGCUAUUCAGGACGUUUGGACAAACUACUGAUGGUGCUGGGUAGUUUGGCUGCCUUAAUUCAUGGGGCUGCGCUCCCCCUCAUGGUCAUAGUGUUUGGAGACAUGACUGACAGCUUUGUUAUGGAUGGAAGAGUACCAGGCAACAAUACGAAUACAACCAUCAACUUGAAUAUGACCAUUUCAGACACACUCGAGGAACAAAUGACAAGAUAUUCCUUCUACUAUGUAGGGAUAGGUGUGGGUGUUAUGAUAGCUGCUUACAUGCAGGUUAGUUUCUGGGCACUGGCUGCGGCCAGGCAGACUAAAAAGAUGAGAUCAGCCUUUUUCCAUGCUGUGUUACAUCAGGAAAUAGGAUGGUUUGAUGUCAACGAGAUUGGAGAGCUCAAUACACGAUUAACAGAUGAUAUCUUGAAAAUAAGCGAUGGCACAGGCGAUAAAAUAGGCAUGCUCAUACAGUCACUGGCAACCUUCAUAGCUGGAUUUGUAGUUGGCUUAGUGAAAGGCUGGAAACUGACACUGGUGAUACUUGCUGUCAGUCCAGUUAUGGGACUUGCUGCAGCCACCUUUUCCAAGAUAUUGUCUUCGUUCACUAAUCAAGAGCAAACUGCCUAUGCAAAAGCUGGAGCGGUGGCAGAGGAGGUUCUGGGAUCCAUCAGAACUGUGGUAGCCUUUGGGGGACAGAAGAAGGAAAUUGAGAGGUAUCACAAAAAUUUAAUUGACGCUAAGAACAUUGGAAUAAAAAAGGCCAUUAGUACCAAUUUAGGAGUGGGUUUCUCCUUCUUAGUAAUCUACGCCUCCUAUGCCCUGGCUUUCUGGUAUGGCAGCACCCUCAUUCUGGAAGAUGACUAUUCCAUUGGAAUCGUGCUUACAGUUUUUUUUUCAGUUAUAAUUGGAGCAUUUUCUGUGGGUCAAACUUCCCCGAAUAUUGAAGCACUGGCCACUGCAAGAGGUGCAGCUCAUGUGAUCUUCAACAUCAUAGAUCAUAAACCGGCAAUCGAUAGCUUUUCUGAGAGCGGCCACAAGCUGAAUCAUAUUCAGGGAAAUGUGGAAUUUCAAAACGUGCAUUUCAAUUACCCCUCACGGCCUGACAUUCAGAUAUUGAAAGGACUAUCCCUGAAGGUCAACAGUGGGCAAACAAUUGCCUUGGUUGGUAGCAGUGGGUGUGGAAAAAGCACGACCAUCCAGCUUUUGCAGAGAUUUUACGACCCUGAACAGGGGAUGAUUACUCUGGAUGGACAGGAUAUUCGAUCCUUGAACAUUAAGCAUCUCAGGGAAUUCAUUGGGGUUGUGAGUCAGGAGCCUAUUCUAUUUGCCACUUCUAUAGCUGAAAACAUCCGCUAUGGGCGUGAAGACGUUACCAUGACAGAAAUUGAAGCGGCUACCAAGGAGGCUAAUGCCUAUGAUUUCAUUAUGAAAUUGCCAAAUGAUUUUUCAACCAUGGUUGGUGAAAGAGGUGCCCAGCUCAGCGGAGGUCAGAAGCAGAGGAUAGCCAUUGCUCGCGCUCUGGUACGCAAUCCCAAGAUAUUGCUGCUGGAUGAAGCCACAUCAGCCUUAGACGCUGAGAGUGAAGCGGUUGUUCAGGAAGCACUUGAUAAGGUUCGGAAAGGUCGCACUACCAUAAUAAUCGCUCACCGCUUGUCAACAAUUCAGAAUGCAGAUGUCAUUGCAGGACUAGAGAAUGGUUUGAUCACAGAGCAAGGAAGCCACGAAGAAUUGAUGAAAACAAAUGGCAUCUAUCAUACUUUGGUCACCACGCAGACAUUUAAGAAUGAAGAUGACGAGAUCCUUGACGGAAGUGAUGAUGAACUCAACUCAAUCACCACACGAAAGUCACUGCGAAGACGGUCAGCAAGACGUAGUAGCAAAAAGAUGAAAGUAGCUGAAGAAAAAUUUGAUGUGGCUGUGGUUCCAGAGGAUGAAAAAGUUCCCAACAUUUCCUUCUUUAAAGUUCUUAAGAUGAACAAGACUGAGUGGCCUUAUAUGGUUUUAGGAACCUUUUGUGCAGUUAUUAACGGUAUCAUCCAGCCUGCUUUUGCCUUGAUAUUUUCAGAGAUCAUUAAGGUUUUUGCUCAAACCGACAAGGAUGCUGUUCGCACUGAUAGUACAUUUUUUUCCCUUCUGUUCCUUCUACUAGGGGGUGUCGCCUUCAUUACAUUCUUUCUCCAGGGCUUCGCUUUUGGUAGAUCCGGAGAGAUACUGACAAUGAGAUUACGAGACAAGGCUUUUAAGGCAAUGAUAGGACAGGAUAUUCACUGGUUUGAUGAUCCUAAAAACAGUACUGGAGCUUUGACGACCAGGCUUGCGACUGAGGCCUCUCAAGUUCAAGGGGCUACUGGUUCCAGACUUGCUAUAGUUGCACAGAACGUUGCAAAUUUAGGAUGUGCGAUUAUCAUUUCCUUUAUCUAUGGCUGGCAGCUGACGCUACUGAUCUUGGGCAUUGUUCCCAUCCUGGCCAUAUCAGGACUGAUACAAAUGAGAAUGAUAGCUGGGCAUGCUCACCAGGAUAAGGAGGAGCUGGAAACUGCCGGGAAGAUUGCCACAGAGGCUGUUGAGAACAUUCGAACGGUUGUAUCACUAACACGAGAAAAAAAGUUUGAAGAAAUGUACGAAGAAACAAUAAAGGGUCCUGCCAGGAAUGCAGAAAAGAAGGCUCACAUCUAUGGACUCACCUUUUCCCUCUCACAAGCCAUUGUAUACUUUGCCUAUGCUGCGUGUUUUCGAUUUGGAGCCUGGCUGGUGACAAACAAUUACAUGGGAUUUGGUGAUGUUUUCCUCGUUUUCUCAGCUAUUGUGUUUGGAGCUAUGGCUUUGGGGCAGACCAGUUCAAUGGCACCUGACUAUGUAAAGGCCAAGUUGUCAGCAGCACACAUGUUUGUGUUAUUUGACCAACUGCCAACUAUAGAUAGUUUCAGCGACGAUGGGGACAUUCCUAAAAAUUUUGACGGAAAAGUCAAAUUUGAAAACAUUUCCUUUAUCUACCCAACACGCCCAGAAGUGCCUGUGUUACAAAAUUUGACGGUUUCAGUUGAGAAGGGGCAGACUUUGGCACUGGUGGGCAGCAGUGGCUGUGGGAAAAGCACCACUGUACAGCUGCUGGAGAGGUUCUACGAUCCACUUAAUGGGAAAGUGCUGUUAGAUGAUCAGAACAUCAAGAACCUAAACAUCCAAUGGGUUCGAGCACAGAUGGGCAUUGUGUCACAGGAGCCCAUCCUGUUUGAUUGCAGCAUUAGAGAUAACAUCGCCUAUGGGGACAACAGCAGGUCCAUCUCUGAUGCGGAGAUAGUGGAUGCAGCCAAAGCCGCAAAUAUACAUUCCUUUAUUGAAACCCUUCCCGAGAACUACAAUACCUGUGUAGGGGAUAAAGGGACCCAGCUGUCUGGGGGGCAGAAACAGCGUAUUGCCAUUGCCCGAGCUCUUGUACGAAAUCCCAAGAUCCUUCUCCUAGAUGAAGCUACUUCAGCGCUGGAUACAGAAAGUGAAAAGGUUGUUCAAGAGGCCCUGGACAAAGCCAGGGAAGGUCGCACUUGCAUUGUUAUAGCUCACCGUUUGUCAACGAUCCAGAACGCCAAUAAAAUAGCUGUGUUCAAGAAUGGAGAAAUCGCAGAGCAAGGAACACACCAGCAGCUGCUCGCCAAACAGGGACUUUACUACACACUUGUCACAGCGCAAUUGGGGCACAGAAAAUAGAACUGAGCCAAGUGAACUAAAUCAAUGGAUUUAUUAGUUAUUCCAGGUGAUGGCUAGUUAAUUUAGAAGAUAUGCAAAUUUAGUUCACUGAUUCUAAGCAGGGAUGAUUUUGAUCAGUUAGGAAAUUUGUUUUGUGCCCAUUCAAUUGGAAACCAAAUGUUCUGCACUGUUCACUUGAAACUUGGAUCAAGCCUAACCACUUGCCUGUUUUACACUAGAUCUGUGGUGAUAAUUUCUCCCUCAUGUAGCUCUCCAAAGAUUGUGAAACUUUUGGGCUUUCCUUAUGCACUCUCUGCUCACUUCCUUAUGCACUCUCAAGGCAUGUACAGUAUCAAAAGGGCUUAAUUGGUAACACUCCCCUUUCCAUGCUGUGGGUCAAAGUGCCCCAUAAAGACUUGAGUUCAUAAUUCAGAAUGAUAUUCCAAUCCAGUACUGGUGGAGGUGCCUUUUUUUAGAUGAGUUCACUUUGGCCACUGAUGUUCUGGCUGUGAAUCCUCCAGAUAGAUUUGUUAACCUCAUCACUGUGAACGUUUCUCUGCACAAAGCGGAUGCCUUGUUUGCCUACAAAAAAUAAUUAGUAAGGAGUGUAAAAUACUUUUGAAAUAUUUUGCCUCUAUUGGAUGAUAAAAGUGAAAGUUCUUUCCGGUUUAUCAUAUUAAAUGUAUCUUAUUAAGCCAUCACUCUUAUGACAAGACAUGCCACGCUCUUGCAUGUCAUUUAGCGCCUUUCACAUGGGGAGGAUAUCUCAAGGCACCAUACAAGAUUUACUGUAAAGUGUAAUGACUGGAUUUUGUUGGCAAAUUAUUCACUCAAUAUUUACUGGCAGUCUGGUAAUACCACUCCAAUAUACCAUCCAUUAGGGACUUUAUUGUUGAUAAAUAAUACUAAUGAUUCCUGAGAUUGAUAGAGUGCUAUAUCACAUUGUCAAGUUGUCUCAAAGUGCUUCACAGGAUAUAUUGUAAACUGAUGGGACUAUGUAUAUUUUGUAGGUGAAUGAGGCAGACAAUUUGUGUACAGCAAUGUCGCACAAACAGCCAUAGGUAGCUGUGGUCAAAAAAAAUCUUAAACUAUCACAUUGAUUUAUGUGACCACUUUAUAUACACAUCCUUAGUUACAUAACAAAAUGUUUUUAAAAAAUUAUUGAACUCCUGAUGCUUAAGUUCUUGGUUAACAAUUCGGUAGUAAAUUGAUUAGGAAUAUAGUGAACAGCUCUUAGAAAACAUUAACAAAUAGUGUUUACCAGCAUGAAUUGAAACAAGUUAAUAGAAACGUCAGCUUUAAUGCUACAGUAUUCCUGUAUCAGGGAAUGCUGACAUCACAAAACAUCAAUUUGGCAAAAUUCCUCUUAGGUCUGGAUUUAUUCUAUUUAUGAAGAGUUUGGAGCAGAAUCAAUUCUGUCUUAACUUUGAACUCGGUUUUCUGUUUCUUUUAAAAGAAUUUGUGGGAAAAUGGCUUCAAAAUAAAGGUGUAUUCAAGAAUGUGCCAAAUUCUGGAAUCACUGAAAUGCUUUGUAAAUAGAGUAUCUAUUUAAACAACAUUAAUAAAUGUCAUCCAGUAUAAAUGUAUUAUGGGUAGAAUUUCUCCCCACAGAUGUUCUAUUUUGCAGCAUUUGCAUUUUCUCUAUCCAGUGGACAAUUUAUGGCUUUUCUAGAUUGUCUUCUUAAGCCUCUUUUAGACCACUAGUUCAUUGCAGAACUUUGUUUUAUUUCUGCCAGAACCUUAAGGUAUCCAACUACCUAAAUUCUGAUUGCAUCCUGGACAAAUAUUUCACCUCAACCCCAACAAAAGCCCUCAAUAACAAUUCAUUGCCUGCAGUCAAUUAAGCACUCCAAGAGGCUGCCUCACAUAAAGGGCACUAUAUGUUAUUACAACGUAUUUGUGAUUACAUUCUAAGCUUUGCUUAUUCUAGAUCUUGCGUUUGUUUUCUUUUCCUCUUGAUAAUCCUACAACACACUCCUGGCAAAUCAUUUUAAUUCAUAUAUUUUAAUGCCUGUUUUUAUAUGUGUUUAAACUAGUUUAUGAUCAUUACCAUAAUUGAUAAAUUAUUAAAUAUAUACAGUAUGUUAUAUUUGUAUUACUAGUUAUCUUAAUUUGUAUGCAUUAUCAUAUUAUGCCAAAAUCUUGCACUUCUAAAUGUAUUUUCAACAGAAAUCUAUUAUCAGCCUUUAAUCCAAAUCAAGAGGACUGUACUGUUUAGGCUAUUUUUACACUUCCCUUUAAUCUUUUCAUGUGAGAUUAGAGUUGGGUUUAAAUGACAUUGUGCUUGUUUUUAUUUUCUUCGGUGCCUUUGGACAGCCUCACCAUGUGAAUUAUGAAUGUUAAAUUUAUAUAAAUAAUGAAAGUAAAUUUGUGUUGUAGCUUACAAGUACUCAAAUUGACAAUCAUCUUAUCAAGUACAGUACGGUAAUAGAAGUAAAAGCACUGGAACAAUAUGAAUCUGAAAAAAUCUGAAAUAAUUGCUAGAAAUCUGCAAUGGACAAACCAGCAUCUAAAAGACUGAGGAUCAAACUUUGCACAUGGCUUUGAAUCCUUCAUCUCUUGCAGAUACAAGUGCUCAGUGCACAUAUUGUACCUUAGGUAAAAUAUCUAAAGUGCUGGCUUUUCUGCUGCAGACCUAGUUCUAUAUAUUAAACUGUAUAAUAACUAUGUGAACUGUAUGUACAAGGAUACUGUUAUUGCUAGUGAUGAGAUGAACCUGGUUAUAGUCUAGGCUAACACGCCAGUGUACAGAGAGGGAAGCAAUACAAUAAUAAUAAUAAUAAUAAUCCUUGCAUUUGAUAUAGCGCUUUUCACGUCGGGAGGACGUCCCAAAGCGCUUCACAGAACAAACUGUAAAGUGAAUUGACUGUAUAUUUGUGGGCGAACGCGGCAGCCAAUUGCGCACAGCAAUGUCCCACAAACAGUCGUAGAUUGAAAAUGACCAAUUUAUUAUUGUUUUUGGUUUUGGAGGGAUUAUUAUUAGGCUCUGUGUGGAGUAAGGAAACUUGCCCAAGGUUUCGCCCUGCCUGGAAUUGAACUCAGGUCUCUCGCUUGCAAAGCGAGUGCUCUAACCACUGAGCUACAGGACUCCAAAUGUCAGAGACAUUAAAACCGAGAUGCCAUCUGCCUGUACAGAUAUUUAUUAAAGAUCCCAUGACCCUAUUUGAAAAGAGUAGAGUGUUUUCCCUGUGUGUUGGCCAACCUAUCCCCAAUACCCCCCUCACCGAUUUAAAAAAAGUGCAAAUUGGCAGCUGGAUAAACAGUCACUACAAUAUACAGAAAACUAAAGCACUUUGAGGCAUUUCAAUGUGAUAAGUCUCUGGAUCAAAUGCAAAUAUUAUUAUCACAUAUCACUUAUCACACUCAAUGGAGUUUCUCUUAAGAAGCUGCCAAAAUGUCAAACAGAUUAAUAAUGUCAGCUGAGAGACUGGAAAGACUCUGGGCUCUUUAAAAUGAAACCAUUGAAGAUUAUAAAGCGAUCCCACGUUUAGAAAAACAAACUGUAACGAAGACCAAAUACUUGCGAUACAUUAUGUUCAACAUUCAUUAUUUUUAAUAAACGGUUUAUUUUAUAACC